AAGAUCUACCAGCUUUUUCCGAGGGUCGUGAUGGUAGGUGCUCAACCAAGGAAAACACCUCGCUGCCAAGGAGAACCAGAACGGUGGGGGUUAAAGGUUUUCCCCCUCACACACACCGCAUUUGACUAACACGAUCGUUUCCUCCUUAUUAUUUUCCUUCACUGGAAAAAAGCCCUUGGCUCUCCUCUAAGAAGAAAAGGAAACCCGUAAACCAAGUCACUCCACCGCCAGGCGGAGACGCCUGGAGAGGAGCCCGAGAGCCGCAGGACCCUAAAUCGCAGUGAGAUAUGCCCCGUAGAUCUGAGAAACCCUGUUGUUAUGCACACUAAAAUAUGAGUUCCAGAGUUAACAAGCAAUUUGGCCAACUCACACUUAGUCUAGACUCCAAAUCUCUCCUACCGAACUGCCUAGGAAACCUGGAAUAGAGAGGUAAAGACCCGUCAGGUACCCUGCAGACUUCAAAAGCCGGAUUUCACUAAAUUCAGAGAAUGACCCAAGACGGAAAGGAAAGCCCAAGGUAGGAACCACUUAGCGCUGCUCACGAUCCUACCCGGAUUCAUUUUUUUCAGUUGACAGGAAGUGAAGGACUAUCCCACGUGCCGGAAGUGCCUUUUCAGGAGUACUUGGCUGUUAUUGCAGCUCAGGUUUUCGUCUCUCCGCGCGACACUAGCAACAACAUGCUUCUGAUUCAGCGUGUCCACUUAGCUAUAAAAAUACAUUAAUCAGAACUGCCUGGCAUCUUCCUGAGCAAGACUUCAUUAGGUCCCAGUAUGUUUCACUUCAUCCGGAAGUUUUCUCAAGCAUCUUCAAAGAUGCUGAAGUACCCUUUCACAGUUGGACUAGGAGCCAGCAGGAGAAUAGAAACACUUUCUCUCAAGGCAUGUCUCCAGCAGAACUUUUCACCUUUGUUUCUAAGGCCUAGGCCUUCCUCAUCAUUUCCAGUGUGUGUGAGCAAGACACAAUACUAUCAUACUUCCCCAUGCAACUUUAAGAAGAAGCAAAAGGAAGAAGUGCUUCCAGCCAGGCCACCGAAAACUAUCACAUACCUGCCUAACAGCCCAAAGCCAGCAUUAUACAUAUCUCUGGCGGGACUAAUCCCUUUCCUUGCUCCACCACUGAUCAUGGUGAUGGUAAAGACUUAUAUCCCCGUAUUAGCUUUUACUCAGAUGGCUUAUGGAGCCAGUUUCCUAUCUUUCUUGGGAGGGAUCAGAUGGGGUUUUGUUCUGCCAGAAGGUAGUCCAGCCAAACCAGACUACCUAAAUUUAGCUAGUAGUACAGCUCCUGUCCUGUUUUCAUGGUUUGCCUUCCUUGUUUCUGAAAGGCUCAGUGAAGCUAUACUCACAGUAAUAAUAGGUUUGGGGAUAGCAUUACAUAAUGAACUUUUUCUUUUGCCAGAUUAUCCCAAUUGGUUCAAAGCCCUGAGGAUAGUAGUCACUUUAGUGGCCUUUUUAUCGUUUGUAAUCACUUUACUACUUAAAAAUAUUUAUCCAGAGAAAGGACCGCAGAAACCUGGUCAAGGAGAAUAUAAAACUACUCAAUAAAUGAUGUUAGCACGUUGGCUACAGCCUUGUAAGGUUGUUUUACAUAUCCUUUUUCUUCUACUGUUUAGCUCUUUGUUUCCCACCAAUGGUAAUUUAGUCAUUUUUUCACUUCUAAAAAAUCUAUUUUAUAGGAAUUAUAUGAUCAACAGCUUGAAAAU